CUGGCUCGCGGAGAGAAAGAGCAGGGUUGACAUCUCGGCUGGACCGUAAACGUGAAAUACCUCCCAUCGCCGGGUCUCCGCCGCCUCACUCCAGAGCGCACCGUGGCCGCGGGAGACGGCCGUCUGCCUGGGUUCCCUUCCCUCCGCACCUCCUCCUCCUCCCUCCUGUUCCUCCUCGCCGCUUCUUCCUCCUCUCCCUGACUUUUUGUUGUUUUUUUUUUCCUUUCUUGACUGCAUGUUCAGCCACACUGCCUCCCUCUGCAUCUUCACUUCGGCCCCGCCGCAGCCCGGGCGAGCAUGGACAGUCGGGUACUCGAGCAUCCUCACGCCCAGUUCGGAGGCUCCUUGGGCGGGCUGGUGGGCUUCCCGUACCCGCUCGGUCCCCAUCACCAUCACCACCACCAUCACCAGCACGUCUACGAGCUCGCAAGCGGACACCAGCUGCAGUCGUCGGCCGCCGUGCCCUUCUCUAUAGACGGAUUACUUAACGGUUCCUGCUCGGCCUCGGUGGUCAGCUCCAACCCGCUGCUCUCCGACAGUCAGCAGUUCAAACUCUCAGAUUCGGGGGACCCGGAUAAAGACAGUCCCGGUUGUAAACGGAGGCGCACGAGAACGAAUUUCACCGGGUGGCAGCUGGAGGAGCUGGAGAAGGCUUUCAACGAGAGUCACUAUCCAGAUGUGUUCAUGCGGGAGGCGCUGGCGCUCCGGCUGGACCUCGUGGAGUCCAGGGUUCAGGUUUGGUUCCAGAACCGACGUGCUAAAUGGAGAAAAAAGGAGAACACAAAGAAAGGGCCGGGGCGGCCUGCGCACAACUCCCACCCCACCACAUGCAGCGGUGAGCCCAUGGACCCUGAGGAGAUCGCACGGAGGGACCAAGAAAGGGCCGAGAAGAAGAAACGGAAACAGGAGCGGAAACUGCUGAAGUCGCAGAAUAAACUUCUGGCAGGUGACAGUUUCCACACACCUGGAGGAUCGGAGAGUGACAGCGGCGUCUCCCAGUUCACUGACAGCGAGCAGCAGUCUUCAAACCUUAAUGGGACUAUUCACAUUGAACUGCCAGCAACAAAGGGUGCAGGAGGACACCAAACUGAAUCCAGCUGUGACCAAACACGACACGACUUCAGUCAAAUACAAAACCACCAAAACCAAAGAACCGCAGGAGAACCAGAGCAGGUGUCUCCAGGCAGCAUGCACAGCUCCAGUCCUGGAGGCCCGAGGUCCUCCACCCUGCAGAAACGAAACCCUUUCAGCGUGGAGAGCCUCCUCUCUGACACUAUGCCUCGACGGAAAUCCCAACUGGACUUCAACUCACUGCCCAAUCAGAGGACACUGGUGGGUAAAGGUCACUUCUUGCUUUACCCCAUUACCCAUCAGCCUUUGGGCUUUCUGGUGCCCCAAACAGCCUUGAAGGCCACACCCUGUCAGGACAACAUGACCAGGCUCAGCCUUGGACAGAGGUGUGUGCCAAGUGAGGGCAGCCCUGCUCCCUCUGACCUCUCCAGCUUUGGCAGUGUCACUAAGUCUCUGAGCUCAGAACCUCUGGAGCCACACAAUCACAUCAGCAGCAGAGUGGACGGCGCCGACACGGAGGACUGUGGCGGUGACUGCAGCAAUGGAAGACUUCCUGCUUCUCCUCCGCAGAACAGCGUGGCUCAGACGGCUCUGUCCAGACUGAGCUCCACACAGUCCAGUGACAGCAGCGAGGAGAGGAGUCUGAAAGUUCAAAUGGAGGCAGUGACCAACGGCUGCCAAUCUGCUGAGCUGUGUGCAAAACAAAAGGGUGCAAGAGAGGAGCGAGCAUCUCCAGACCUCUCCGAGUGUCUCAAGGCAAACACAGACUGUCAAGAAACACCCGGAACAGAUGGAGAGGAUGUCGAUAUGGACUAACACUUUCAAGGAGCAAACAUAAACAAAGGACCAGGAACACCGCUCAGACUAUUCAAACAUUCCCAAAGCUCUGCUGAGACAUUCUAAAACAUAUCAGGAAUCAGGAGACUUAAUUCUCAUCUAUUUUCUAAUCGUAAAGUGUGAUCUAUCCAGAUGGCUCCUCAAAGCUGUGGCUGCCCUCAUAUUCAGGCUUUAGGUCUGAACAACACCUUUAGAAGCAGGUUCUUUCUCUUUUUCUGUUGUUGUUUUUUUGUUUUUGGAGGGGGUGAACAAGUUGUAACAAAAACUAGGCUACAAUAAACAUCUUACACACAACAAAAAUCCUCAGAUAUUGUACAAAAAACAAGAAAAUGAUAUUUAUAUGUAAACAUUUUGAUAAAUAAAGUUAUUGUUUAAAUUGAA